AUGAUGAUGGUGACUGGCCGCCUGCUGUUGCUAUGUGCCCUCUGUGUGCUGUGGUGCGGUGUCUGCGGUGGUGGAUGUUCUGAAGCAGCUCUAGAAGCUCAGCUUAUUGAGUCCGAAGACAAUAAACGCAAAGAUGAAAACACCACAACCGAUGACGUUGGAGAAGGUGGCCCAACCGGUCAACCGGCAGUUACACAACCAGCAGCAGGAUCGGUGCCUGUAUCGGGAAUUGAAGCGGAAUCGGCACUACAACCCGCAGCAAAGGCGUCAGGAACGGCAAAUGCAACGACGGAAAAAGAAGAUAAAGCUGAUAAUGAGGAAUUGAAGGAAGAGGAAGGAGAAGAGGAAGAAGAGGAAGAGGAAGAGGAAGUGGAUGAAGAUGACGAGGAGAAAAAAGAAGUGACGGAGGAAGAGAAAAAGCAAGAAGAAAAAGAUGAUACCAGCACUACAAAGAGGAUUUCAGCAGUCGGUCAGGAAGAGCCAAUUUUAUCUUCUCGUGUGGAGGAAGCAUCGAAUAAAACAAAACCCCAAAGCACUCAAACAACUGGCGACAAAGAUCCAGCAGCUGAUGGUGCAGUGACACAAGAAGAAAAACAAAAUGAAAAUAAAGAAGUCAAUCCGAAGGAAACACCAGUCGAAUCCACCGUAACGAAAACCACAACGGCGACGACUGGCGACAGCGACGGCAGCACCGCGGUCUCCCACACCACCUCCCCUCUUUUGCUUCUCCUUGUUGUUGCGUGUGCGGCUGCUGCUGCGGUGGUGGCCGCGUGA